AGUCACGCCGCUGUUAGUGGGUUAUGGUGGUGAAGCCGCUGCAGUUGUAAAUCUGCGGCUUUAAUCAUUUUAUUGUGCUGCUGAAUAAAAGUGCGGAAGGUUUCAUCCCAUCAUGUAUGGAUUUGUGAAUCACGCCUUGGAACUUCUGGUGUUGAGAAAUUACGGUCCAGAUGUGUGGGAGGACAUCAAGCGAGAGGCGCAGGUGGAUGUGGAAGGACAGUUUCUCGUCAGAAUCAUCUACGAGGACGCCAAAACUUACGACCUGGUGGCUGCUGCAAGCAAAGUGCUGAAAAUCGAUGCAGGUGACAUUCUGCAGAUGUUCGGGAAGAUGUUCUUCGAGUUCUGUCAGGAAUCCGGCUACGACACCAUCCUGCGUGUGCUCGGCUCCAAUGUUAGGGAAUUCCUGCAAAACCUUGAUGCUCUUCACGACCACCUGGGAACCAUCUACCCCGGCAUGCGUGCUCCAUCCUUCCGCUGCACAGACGCCGAGAAGGGGAACAGCCUCAUCCUGCACUAUUACUCAGAGAGAGAGGGACUGCAGGACAUCGUCAUCGGCAUCAUCAAGACCGUCGCUCAGCAGAUCCAUGGCACCGAGAUCCACAUGAAGGUGAUUCAGCAGAAGAGUGAGGAGUGUGAUCACAUCAAGUUCCUGAUUGAGGAGAAGGACUCAGAGGAGGAGGCGUUUUAUGAAGAUCUGGAUGGUUUUGAAGAAAACGGCACUCAGGAGACCCGCAUUAGUCCGUAUACCUUCUGUAAGGCCUUUCCUUUCCAUCUGAUGUUUGAUAAAGACCUCAUCCUCACUCAGUGUGGAAAUGCCAUCUACAGAGUGCUGCCACAGCUCCAGCCCGGUGUGUGUAGUUUGCCCUCUGUCUUCUCUCUGGUGCGGCCGCACAUUGACUUCAGUUUCCACGGCAUCCUGUCGCACAUCAACACUGUGUUUGUGCUCAGGAGUAAGGAGGGGCUGCUGAAUGUGGAGAGUGCUGAGUGUGAGGAUGAGCUGACAGGAACAGAGAUUAGCUGCCUCAGGCUUAAAGGCCAGAUGAUUUCACUCCCUGAGACGGAGAACAUCCUGUUCCUCUGCUCCCCCAGUGUAAUGAACCUAGACGAUCUGACUCGGAGAGGUCUGUACCUGAGCGACAUCCCGCUCCAUGAUGCCACGCGAGAUCUGGUGCUGUUAGGAGAACAGUUCCGUGAGGAGUACAAACUCACUCAGGAGCUGGAGAUCCUCACCGAUCGCCUACAACACACACUCAGAGCGCUGGAGGACGAGAAGAAGAAGACGGACAGGUUGUUGUACUCGGUUCUUCCACCGUCAGUAGCAAAUGAACUGAGACACAAACGUCCGGUUCCAGCUAAACGUUACGACAAUGUCACCAUCCUGUUCAGUGGCAUCGUGGGAUUCAACACCUUCUGCAGCAAACAUGCCUCAGCAGAGGGAGCCAUCAAAAUUGUCAACCUGCUCAAUGACAUCUACACGAAGUUUGACAUCCUGACCGACUCACGCAAGAAUCCGUACGUCUACAAGGUGGAGACGGUUGGUGACAAGUACAUGACAGUCAGUGGUCUUCCAGAACCAUGCACUCAUCACGCCAAGUCCAUCUGUCACCUGGCACUGGACAUGAUGGAGAUCGCAGGACAGGUGAAGGUGGACGAGGAACCUGUGCAGAUCACCAUCGGCAUCCAUACUGGAGAGGUGGUGACGGGGGUCAUAGGUCAGAGGAUGCCUCGCUACUGUCUGUUCGGCAACACGGUGAACCUGACGAGCCGCACAGAGACCACGGGUGAGAAAGGGAAGAUAAACGUGUCGGAGUACACGUACAGGUGUUUGCAAUCCGUGGAAAAUGCUGAUGCUCAGUUCCACCUCGAGUUCCGAGGCCCAGUGACCAUGAAGGGCAAGAAGGAGCCGAUGAAGGUGUGGUUCCUGUCACGAAAAACGUUGUAGAAGGACACGGAUCGACAAGAUGCCAGUCGUUUCAGUCUUCAAUUAAAAAGCAUUUUUGUAAAAGUAAUUACUGUAAUUUACAGUCUGUUUAAUAUUCGGCAUCUGGCUGGAGUCCUUCAGCAGAUUAUGAAACAUUUACAUUUUUAGUCUCAAGGUUCACAGCUAAUGAUAAAGCAGCAUAUUUUGUCAUCGUUAUGACUUUAAAUUAUUUCUAUUUUAAAUUAAUAUAAAAUGAAAAAAAUGUAGUACAUCACUGACUAUAUUUACAUCUACCACAUCUAUCUAUCUAUCUAUCUAUCUAUCUAUCUAUCUAUCUAUCUAUCUAUAUAAAAAUCUAAAUCUAUAUGUUUAGACAAAUAGAUAAAUGUAGGCAGCCCUUGAAAUAACAUUUUUGUCUACAUAGUAAUAAAGUUAAAUGCAGUGUUUUUCAUGUAAAGUCUAAUUGUGCUGCUUUACUCACAGUUUAUAAUAAAAUUGUAUUUAAAUGUAAUUUAAACAAUUAUAAAUGGUUUGUCAUUUUAAUAUAUUUAACACAGAGACUUUAACAAUCUGUUUUGCACCCAAAUGGCAUUCAAAGAAUUAUAAUAAUGAUGAUACAAAUAUAAAUGUGUACAUAUUUUAUCUCAUUUACUAUAGCAGAUUUAAGGAGAAAUAUACAACCACUUCUGUAAGGAAUAAAAAAAUCUCUUUAGCUAAAUACUCAAGUACGACACAACAGACAAAUGGUUUAACUUCCACGGUGGUCCUCAGUAAAAAGCCUCCUCCUGGUGUUCCAGGUCCACAUCAGAUCUUACUUUCUAAGAUUUCCGGGUUUUCACAGAAAGGUCUGAUUUAUUACAGGUGUCUUUGUGUUAAAACAAAAUGAUUUACUAAACUCUACAGAGGACUAGGUUUUGGCAUUGUGGAUAAAAUCUGAGGCUUCCUGUUUGCUAACUUUACUUGGUAACACUCACAAAACUAAAGUAACAUUUAAAGUUGUUAAAGGUUAGUGUGGUGAUUUUGUAUGAGAUCAUUAGGAUUAGUGUACAGAACCGUCUGUUGUUUAAAAUAGUAUAAUAAAUUUCAGCACGUUAAAGCUUAAAGCCAAUGAUGAGUGUAAACAACAACAACAACUAAUGACAUGAAAAUGAGAAGAAUGAGGAAAGGUUUCAGUUUUUUUGGUUCUCACAGUGUUCCUGUUCAAACAAAACUGCCUGAGAAUAUUUUAAUCAAAUGAAAUGACUUAAAACAUUUGUGCAAUAUUCAUUUGAGUUUUUAAUUUGUCCAAUAUUCCGCUGCAGCACAAGGAACUUAUUUGCUUUUUUAAGAACAAAAUGUAAAUAAUGUGUAUCUAAUAUGCAGAGUUUAAUUAAAAACACAAAAACAUACAAAGUAGAAUAAGUGACUGUGCCCUGAAGUUACUCUUGGGAGGCAGCGCCCUCUUGUGUUAAAAAAAAAAUCUUUCUAAAAACGCUAAUAACGUCACAUUUCUGUCGCCUCUUGCCAUGAAACCAGUCUGGUUAAAUUCUGUGGAUCAUCUCAGAGAACAUUGAUACCAAAUACACCUUGAUCAGCUGAACAUUUUGGGCUUCAGUGUAAAGUGUGUGUUUAUUUUACAAACAUACCGGAGUAUUGAUAGGAAAUUGUGUAAAUGUCACUGUGUUGUUCAUCUCCAGUCUCAGCACCUAGA